AAUCAACGUCAACACUGGUCCACUCCCAUCCCAUCCCAUCCUCCUAAGACAGCGAAGCGAUCCCCCUGGACAAAUUUCCCGGCACAAGUAUAAAUGGCAAGCCGCCACCGCCACCGGCAGCGCCGGCACCGGACAAAACCACACUCGUAAGCCACGGACAAGCAGCAACAGCACGACGCCGUCACACUUCGGCUCGUCAUCACACCAGUAGGGGUGGGGGGAGAGGGUACAAGAAGUUGAUGGCUUCUACUGCGGCCGUCCCGCCGCAGGCGCUGCUGGAGCGGAGGGUGCCGGUGGUGCCGCGGAUGGCGGAAGACGGGGGCGGAGGCGGAGGCGGCGGCGUGGACAGGGGGGAUGCGCGAGGGAGUGCGGGCCGGAGCGGGAGCGUGGCGGGCAUCUCGCCGAGCAUCCUCAUCAUCGCGGUCAUCGUGGUGGUGAUGCUGCUGGCGUCGCUGUCCAUCCACUACUUCAUCCGCCACCUCUGCCGCCACGUGGCGCCGGCGGGGUCAUCCGCUUCGUCCGGGCAGGCGCCGCCGCUCCCGCUCGUGGUGCGCCCCGCGGCGGGGGUGUCGGCGGCGGCCGUGGCGCCCGCCGACCAGGGAGGAGGGAAGGCGGCAGCGGAAAAGGAGGCGGAGGCCGAGCGGCUUAUCUCGCGGCUGCCGCUGUUCACGCUGGCGUCGUCGCUCGCCGCGGUGCCCAAGUCUUCGAGGGACUGCGCAGUCUGCCAGAGCGCGUUCCGCGACGACGACGAGCUCCGCCUCCUCCCGGCGUGCCGCCACGCCUUCCACUCCCGCUGCGUGGACCCGUGGCUGCGCGGCAACCCGUCCUGCCCGCUCUGCCGGGCCUCCAUCGCGCUGCCCCACCCGCCGCUCCCCGAGCUCCUCCGCGUGGAGCUCGGCAGCGUCAGUAGCCGCCGGUCCAACCCCGACGGCGCGGCCCGCGCGUACCCGCUCCCCAGCGACCUCCCCAACUCGCAGUCGGAGUACCUCGUGGAGGACGAGCUCCAGGUCGUGCUGAAGCCCAGUCCGAGGGCCGCCGCCGGGUCCAGCGAGCCGCCGAGCCAGCAGCAGCACCAGCUCGCCUCGGUGGAACGCGGCCAGCCGUCGUCGUCCGUGGGCGUGACCCCGACGGCGUCGUUCAGGUCGGCGGAGCAGAGGUGGAGCAGCAGGUGGAGCAACCGGUGGAGCAGCCGGUGGAGCAGCGAGCGCUGGAGCAGCCGGUACGACGCCGGGACCGUGACGGCUUCCGCGACGGCGGAGUGGUGGUGGGACAUGGACGGCGGCGCGGUCCCGGCGCCACAGCGGCGGCGGGAGGCGGAGGAGAGCAGCGCGUCGUUCUACCGGUUCCUGCGGUGGGUUACGGGGGCAUAUUAGUAAAUACGCGCGGUCCAGUCCAACCCUCCAGCAUGGUGAAGGUGAAAGCUGGUAUCCCCCGGCGGCGGCGGCGGCGACGGCCGGCGUCGAGCGUGUCUUCCCGAAAUGCCCUCCUAAUCAUCCUGCUGAAACGAAACAAAAUGAAUUGGGUAGCUCUUCUUUUCGGCAUGCGAGUGUGGAUUUUUUAUUUUUUUAAGGGGCCGAGUGGGUGGAUUUCGAGGAGACGAGAUGCCGAGCAGGAGCUGUGCGGAUUUCAAAACUUCUUCCGAAUUGGAGAAUGUCGGCGGGAAGACUGAGGAAUGAAACAACAUUCUGAAUCGAUCAAAUGAAAUGAAAUGAACAAUUUCCAGCUCGGAGAAGAAAUUCCCCUCCCCCCAUGCUACUGCAUUUUCAUUAGAUUUCUGGAAGUAUACU